CAUUUUAGAAAUAGCAACAGCAUGGAGGAUGGGUUGGAAGGAGAUGAGGCUGGGAGCAGGGAGAAUAAUUGAAUAGUCUGCUGCAGCAGUAAGUGGAAAAUGAUGAGGGCCUAAACGCAGCUAAGAGGUAGUGGGCAUGUAGAGGUCAGAAGAUAGGAUGACAGGUCAUGGCAUUUGGUCAUUUAUAGGGAAUGAGGGAGAGAAAGGAGACUAGGUGACUCACCAAUUUCUGGUUUGGCAUCUGGGAGAAGACAGCAGUAAAAGGGGAAGGAAAGGAAGAAGGUACUAAGGGUCAUAAUCCCUAACUCCAAUCACUGGUAACUCCUGAGAUCAGAGGAAAACCAGCAACAGCGUGGGAGUUUGGGGAAAGGCAUUCCAUACCGGAUUCUGUGGCCUGCAGAUGAUAUACUGCCUAAGAUAAGCAGGAGUCUGUAACAGCCACCCCAACACCUGAUGUCAUGGCCAGUAGGGAAGAUGAGCUGAGGAACUGUGUGGUAUGUGGGGACCAGGCCACAGGCUACCACUUCAACGCGCUGACUUGUGAGGGCUGCAAGGGUUUCUUCAGGAGAACAGUCAGCAAAAGCAUUGGUCCCACCUGCCCCUUUGCUGGAAGCUGUGAAGUCAGCAAGAUUCAGAGGCGCCACUGCCCAGCCUGCAGGUUGCAGAAGUGCUUAGAUGCUGGCAUGAGGAAAGACAUGAUACUGUCGGCAGAAGCCCUGGCAUUGCGGCGAGCAAAGCAGGCCCAGCGGCGGGCACAGCAAACACCUAUGCAACUGAGUAAUGAGCAAGAAGAGUUGAUCCAGACACUCCUGGGGGCCCACACCCGCCACAUGGGCACCAUGUUUGAACUUGUGCAGUUUAGGCCUCCAGCUCAUCUGUUCAUCCAUCACCAGCCCUUGCCCACCCUGGCGCCUGUGCUGCCUCUGGUCACACAUUUCGCAGACGUCAACACGUUCAUGGUACAGCAAGUCAUCAAGUUUACCAAGGACCUGCCUGUCUUCCGUUCUCUGCCCAUUGAAGACCAGAUCUCCCUUCUCAAGGGAGCAGCUGUGGAAAUCUGUCAUAUCGUACUCAAUACCACUUUCUGUCUCCAAACACAAAACUUCCUCUGCGGGCCUCUUCGCUACACAAUUGAAGACGCAGCCCGUGUGGGGUUCCAGGUAGAGUUUUUGGAGUUGCUCUUUCACUUCCAUGGAACACUACGAAAACUGCAGCUCCAGGAGCCUGAGUAUGUGCUCUUGGCUGCCAUGGCCCUCUUCUCUCCUGCUCCCUAUCUUACAGACCGACCUGGAGUUACCCAGAGACAUGAGAUUGAUCAGCUGCAAGAGGAGAUGGCACUGACUCUGCAAAGCUACAUCAAGGGCCAGCAGCAAAGGCCCCGGGAUCGGUUUCUGUAUGCGAAGUUGCUGGGCCUGCUGGCUGAGCUCCGGAGCAUUAAUGAGGCCUACGGGUACCAAAUCCAGCACAUCCAGGGCCUGUCUGCCAUGAUGCCACUGCUCCAGGAGAUCUGCAGCUGAGACCAGGCUCACUUCCUUCCCCAGAUCACCUGGACACCCUGGAUACACUGGAGCGGGGAAAUGCUGGGACCAAAGAUUGGGCCGGGUUCAAAGGGAGCCCAGUGGUUGCAAUGAAAGACUAAAGCAAUAACUGCCUCUUCAUGCGGUCAUGGGGAUAGUGGGGUUGGCCAUAGGAACAAAGUUGUUCUCUGGAAGCACAGAAGAUGGGAAGGAGGAAGCCUCAGGGCUAAGAGGUAAAGAAGCUCCUUCUGGGAAUGGGUGGGCCCUACUUUCUGAGACCAAAUAUCUAGCCCUUCAGCCCUACUUUCCCAGCCUUGGGAGACUCUGGGAUGGAAAACAGGAUGGUCAGCUAAUCCCAUGCAGGAUUAACCAAAGGGAAAGGAAGAAGGAAGCCUGGAGGCAAGGAGUGCCGGGGGAAUUCAGCCAUACCCCUUAAUCCUUUCCCCUUAGUCCAGAGCCACAGGAGCAUCGGGAAGGUGAUACUGGGGCUGGUAGCAGAGGGGCGAUCCUCAAACCUCUGCCUCAUCAACUGCCCCUGUGGCAGCUCCAGUUCUGAGGAGGGCAUGGUCCUAUCCGCCACUCUGCUCCUGGGUCCUAGAGGUCACCCAGCAAGGUGGGCUCUGGAGAGGGGCCUAGUCUCUGGCCCUAGGGCACCUGACUCAGAGGUUCCAGCUGCUGUGGGGCUGGCUCUGGACAACCUCAGCCCACAGUGAUGCUGAAGCCACAAUGGAAUCUGUUGCGCCAGUGAUUGAGGAAGGCUCCAAGGGCUAGGGUGACAGGCAGAGGGGGCAUCUUCUUCUCCAGCACAGCACCUACACACCAGUUACUAUCCACCAAGCCUGUUGGGGGAGAGAAUACCCACUAGGUUAUUUAACAGGGAUUGGAGGAAAUAGUCACCAGAAAUAAGGUAAAGUUUCCCUCCCUCUGCAUUCCCCAUUCCUCAGCAUAGCCAAAUGUCUCCCAAUAACCCUCACCUCUAAACACCAUGUUGGCCUGGGGCAGAGUCAGGUGGUAACCAAAGGAGAAUGUUGUGUCUUGUAGCCUUGUGUUUGCCUCAAACUCCACUCCAACCUGAACCUGAGAACCAUGGGCAAGGAUGAGAGAGAGAUCAGUAUCAGUGAAGACCAGAAGGGUCCUGACGGGGGAUCAGCAGAAUGAAGGCAUACAUGGAAAUAUAUACACAGCGUGGUAGGAAGAAAAAUAGGUCAGCAGGGCGAUAGAGGUCCAGAUGAGCAAAAGUUCACGACUGACUUGCUGACGAGGAGGGGGAGUGAGAUCAGAGGUCUCACCUGUUCAUUUGCCCUGUGGUAGUAACUUGCAUGGGCCCCGCCUGAUCCCACAUUCAAUGUAGCUACCCAGUGUACAGCUGUAAAAUCCAAAGUACAGAGGGGAAGGAGUGUUAACUGUAGUAUGACACAGGCCAGGAACCCCAGAAAAGUUCAGAAUUUCCCCCCCUACCCACCACUACUUCACUUCGCCCCAUACCGGAGUACUUCCCAGCCAGUGUCAAGAUGGCCCCCUCUUCGCCUGGCCGCCGGUGAUAAACUAGCUCUCCUCCCAGCACCAGCCGAUGAGUGAGGCUCUGCAGGAAGUGAGCAACCAUGAUCACUGUGGGGGAACGGGGAGACAUGGAGUCAGUCAUAGAGACAACACCCAGACCUGCUCCCUCACCCCCAAUAACCGCCACCCCAGCAUGCCCAAGAAGUUCCUUUUCUACACUCCAAACUGUACAGAAGAUGAAGAGGCAUAGUAACAUUAGCAAAUGGGCAGCCAAGAUAAAAAGAACCCUGUCCCAGUUCCUCACCCGACUCCCCAAUCAGGUCAGGAUUUCCUAGGGUCAGAGUGGCUGUGUAGUCAUCUCCCCGAUACUCGCCAUCAAACUGCCAUGUCAAGAACUUGGCCUGCUGCGUCUGAAUGGCAAGAGCAAGAAGUAAAAUCUCCCUCCCUCUU